GCGCUGCCGUCUCUGUGGUGUCUCUGGGAGGUGACGCUCUGCACCGCGGCUGGGCCGUCUCGUUGGCCGGGCGGAGGGCGGGCUCGGGGAGUCAUGGCGGCCGUGCGGGGCCUGCGGAUUUCGGUGAAGACUGAAGCGACGGCGACAAUGGCAGAACCCCGCGGCACUGAGCCUGAACCUAUGGAGGUGGAAGAAGGCGAGCUGGAAACCAUCCCCGUGAGGCGAUCGCUCCGUGAGCUCAUCCCGGUGAGGGACGGGCAGGGGGAGCGAAGGAGGGACCGGCACCUGAGGGGGGGCAGGGACACUAGUAGGAGAUACGAAAACAAAGCUGGAAGUUUCAUUACUGGAAUAGAUGUAACAUCCAAGGAAGCGAUUGAGAAAAAGGAACAAAGAGCAAAGCGCUUCCAUUUUCGAGCUGAAGUGAAUCUUGCCCAAAGGAAUGUAGCUCUGGAUCGAGACAUGAUGAAGAAAGCAAUUCCUAAAGUGAGACUGGACACAAUCUACAUUUGUGGGGUGGAUGAAAUGAGUACUCAGGACAUCUUUGCCUAUUUCAAAGAGUAUCCUCCUGCUCACAUUGAGUGGUUAGAUGAUACUUCAUGCAAUGUGGUCUGGCUUGAUGAAGUAACAGCAACACGGGCUCUAAUAAACAUGAGUUCCUUUCCUGAUCAAGAGAAACCAAAAGGCAGAGAAAACAGUGAAGAGAAGACAGCAGAAAAAAACAAGAAAGAAAAACAGGAGGAAAGUACUGAUGAUGAGACAGAAGAAGGCGAGGUUGAGGAUGAAAAUCCAAGUGACAUUGAGUUGGAUGCCCUCACCCAGGUAGAAGAGGAUUCUCUCCUGCGUAAUGAUCUUCGCCCUGCCAAUAAACUGGCUAAAGGAAACAAGCUAUUCAUGAGAUUUGCUACUAAAGAUGACAAAAAAGAACUGGGAGCUGCAAGGAGAAGCCAGUAUUACAUGAAAUAUGGCAAUCCCAAUUAUGGAGGCAUGAAGGGGAUUCUUAGUAACUCUUGGAAACGGAGAUACCAUUCACGUCGAAUCCAUCGGGAUGUGAUAAAGAAAAGGACGCUUAUUGGGGAUGAUGUUGGCCUGACUCCUCCUUACAAACAUCGGCACUCUGGGUUGGUAAAUGUUCCCGAGGAGCCUAUCGAGGAGGAAGAGGAGGAGGAAGAAGUUCAGGAUAUGGAUGAAGAUGACAGAGUGGUUGUAGAGUACCGUGAUGAUUUACAACCUUUCAAACAGUCCCGAGACCGUGGUACGGCGAGACGAUCGAGUGCAAGUGCAUCUGAUUCUGAUGAAAUGGACUAUGAUCUUGAACUGAAAAUGAUAUCGACCCCCUCUCCCAAAAAGAGCAUGAAAAUGACAAUGUACGCAGAUGAAGUGGAAUCACAACUGAAAAAUAUUAGGAAUUCCAUGCGAGCAGAUAGCAUAGCAACCAGCAAUGUGAAAAACAGGAUUGGUAGCAAAGGAUUAUCAGACAAAGUUGUUGAUGUAAGACUACUGUUAGAAGAAAAACGUCAGAAUAACAACGGGCUGCGCCAGCCAAACAGUAUCGUGAAGUCAGAUGUGCGGCAAAGACUGGGAAAAAGACCUCAUUCCCCAGAAGUUAAACCUCCAAGCAGUAUCUCUGCUACUCGUCGAGAACCAAUAUCAGAUGUGCACAGCCGGUUGGGAAUCCCCAAGCAGGAUGUAAAAGGCCUCUACUCUGAUACCAGAGAGAAGAAAUCAGGUAAUUUAUGGACCCGGUUAGGGUCUGCUCCGAAGACGCAAGAAAAGACUUCAGAUAAACCUGAAAACUCCGUGGCACCUCCAGAGGAAGAUGAUUCAGAGCUCCAGCGGGUUUGGGGUGCUCUCAUUAAGGAAAAAGAGGAGUCUCGGCAAAAAAAGAGUCGACUGGAUAAUUUACCUUCUCUACAAAUUGAAAUCAGCCGAGAAAGCAGUUCUGGAUCAGAUACUGAAUCCUGAUUUUACACUUUGAUCCUCAAGAUCGUGACUCUGCAGUGAGGCAAAGAUUUCCUUUGCCCAAAAGCUGAACACUGGCAAAGACUGCAGUGAAGGUUCCAGAAAUGUCUCAGUUCCUUUUAUACACAAAUAGAGAUGCAUAUGCCACUUGAAACCUAAAGCAAUCAUGUUUGUCUGGAGUCUGUGGUUGGCCCUGUGUUAUGUAGGGCAUUGUCUUAUAUGUUAAUUACAGCAAACCUGUAGUUAAUUCUAGCCAAACGCUUUUCCCUAAACUCUGAAUUUAAAAGAAGAGGGAGAAACACUCUGUAUUUUUAAGAAGACCUUUUUGUUCUUAAUAUUUUUAACAUGGAAUCUUUUAACAAAAUGUUUUACACAGUUCAUCCAAAGAACAGGGCAUUUCACAGUCAGCACCAUUGCCUUGCCCUUCUGGCACUUACCAGCACCUUUCCUCUUCAAGUAAUAACAAUAAUGCUUCCUUGGGUAAGCAGCCAGCAAGGAGAAAGCAUAAAGGGACUGUCACGUUUCCUUCCUCCAAAAUAAUGAAUGUAAAUCCAACGCUGUAGUAUAGUGAGGUUUCAUGCGGUAUCCAUAUAGCAUCACUGCUCUCCAGGACUUCAUCUGUUUGUUUUGGUGGUACUGAGUUCUGCUGUAAGCAAAAAUUGCAGUGUUUCAGACUGCAAAGUUGGUUGAGAGAAUUGUGCAAAUUCCUGAAGGUUUUUCUUAUCUUUUUUUUUUCCUAGUUACAUAUUGAGAAAUUCUCUCAUCCAAUUGUAUUAUUACGUUUUGAAGAAAUCUUAACAGUUGAAAAACUUCCAUUUUUAUACUUGUGGAAAUUUCCCGUUGGCCAUGGUGAGAAAAAAAGCUCUAGUGAUGUUUUCCUGUGUGCUGUUUAAACUACCCAUAUAUAUCACUGAAAGAGAAAAGGAAAACUAUCAGAUUGCUGUCCCAUGUCAGUAUUUUGGAGUGUUCUUGUAUAUUACAUGUGGAUGUGCACCUGGUUGACUUGUUACAUUCAGCUUUUUAUUUCUUUACCCGCGUAUCCUCUCUACAUAAAGGUUUGAUCAGAGUGCAGCUGCAGUUUUUUUCCCUCUCAUUGCCUGUGGCACAUAUAUUGAUUGCCAGUCAUACUGAAUGAGUUCUAAUGAUAGCACAGGAGCAGGCUGCCCAGGGAGGUUGUGGAUGCCCCGUCCUUGGAGGUGUUCAAGGCCAGGUUGGACGGGGCCCUGGGCAACCUGAUCUAGUAAAGGUGUAUGUUUGGUGGCCCUGCCAGGCAGGGGGUUGGAACUACAUGAUCCUUGAGGUCCCUUCCAACCCGGGUCAUUCUGUGAUAGCACAUUGUGUUCUGCUGGUGGCAAAAAAGACACCCCACCAUUGUCUGUUAUGUUUUUGACCCUCUGAAGAUGUUCGCUUUGUCUUUAAGUCUGUUCAUCCUGGAUAACAUCCUAAGUUCAUCCUUCAUAACCCUGGCUGGGGUUAUGUGUAUAUAAACACCUGAAGGGAGAACGCAAAGAGAGCUGAGCUAUCUUCAUUGGUGAUAAGAUGGGAUAAGAGGCAGAAGGCACAAAGUGGAACACAGAAGGUUCUGUCUGAACUUGAAGAAGCACUUCUUUACUGCGUGGCUGAUGGAGCACUGGCUGCUCAGGGAACUUGUGGAGCUUUGACAUCCUUGGAGCUGUCAGCAGCUGCCUGGACACACCGCAUGGCCCUGUUCAUGCAGGGGCUGCCAGGUGACCUCAAUAUCCCUUCCAUCUUAUGAUUGUAUCCCUACUUCCCAUGUUCUAUCAGUCCUGAAUGUCUGUAUCUCUCUCCUAUUUGCCUUUUAGCAUUUAUUUUCCCCCCUCUUCCUCUCUUUGUUUUGUGUUUUUGGUUAUUUGGUUGGUUUUCUAAGUUGGAAUAGGUUUGAAGUUGCAUCAAAGGAGUCUGCAGUUCUUCUUACUGCUUUAAUUAAAGGGGAAGUGGAAGGUACAGCAAUGAGAAAUGGAAACCAGGGACUGUCUGGUUUUCACAUCUUGUUUUGUGACACCCCACUGUUUAUAUUUAAUUAUUAAAUAUAUAAAUAUGGCUCAUCCAAGUGCUGUUGAGAGUAAAGCACUGCAGUGUCUGAUCACCGUAA